UCGCCAUCGGGCGGCGUUGUGGCUGGCGAUCUUGACGAGAUCACCGGCAGCGGUACCACCGAUCCCACCCCCCUCGGGAACAAGAUGGAUCCAUCUCGGUGACUGAUGGACGUAUAUGCGGCCGAUAUAUACUCCCUCCUCCGCACGUCUCCCUCCAACUCUAGUCCCAGAUCAACCGCUCCAACCAGGCCGGGCCGAUCCCCUGCUCCAAUUCCUAGAUAAAUCCCCUUCCUCCUCGGCCUCGACUAGGGACAGGGGAGGGCGAGUCGUCGGAGGAGCCGGGGAGCGGGGCGACCGGCGAUGGGGAACGCGUCGUCGAUGCUGACGCAGUACGACAUCGAGGAGGUGCAGGAGCACUGCAGCUACCUAUUCUCGCAGCAGGAGAUCGUGUCGCUGUACGAGCGCUUCUGCCAGCUCGACCGCAGCGCCAAGGGCUUCGUCUCCGAGGACGAGUUCCUCUCCAUCCCGGAGUUCUCCACCAACCCGCUCUCCCAGAGGUUGUUACGUAUGGUUGAUGGAUUGAACUUCAAGGAGUUUGUUUCUUUUCUCUCUACCUUCAGCGCAAGGGCCAGCCUUCAGCAAAAGAUUGAGUUGAUAUUUAAGGUGUAUGACAUUGAUGGCAAGGGGAAAGUAUCCUUCAAGGACCUGGUAGAGGUUUUACGGGACCUGACAGGCUCAUCCAUGUCAGAGAAACAAAGAGAGCAAGUACUAACAAAGGUGUUGGAAGAAGCCGGGUACACACAGGAUUCCACGCUAGCAUUAGAAGAUUUCGUGACGAUCAUCGACCACCCCGGCCUGAAGAUGGAGGUGGAAGUGCCCAUCGACUAAGCGAAUGGCGAAUGCAGAUGAGUAUGCAAUAAGCUCUCUCUGACUGCUGGAAACAAGUGUCCAUAGCCAAUAGACCGUGUGACAGAAUAGAGUGGGAGCUCACUGUUUUGAGCUCUUGUGUACCUGUCCACAUACAUGCCCGAAUCUUACAAUGCAGUGUCAGUUUAGAGUCAUUUUUUUUCUUUCUGUUUUGAGGGGAUUGAUUAAUGCAGUGUCAAUGCCCGUCAAAAAAAAAAUGCAGUGUCAAUGUAGAGUGAUCCUUAUUACAGUUUCCAGACUA